GUGCAAGCGUGACGCCCCGAUACACUAGUGGAUUUCGAACUGCAAUGUACGCUUGCAUAUUUAAAAAUCAGAUUAGAAGUUUCUUUAGUUUUUCUGUCUUUUUAAUGAUGGGUCUAUUGUUUUGGUAUUUAACUUCUUCUUUAUUUAUUGUGGAUCUUGUUUUAUCCAAUGAUGUUGUUGGUUGUGGUGGUUUCGUCAAAUCUGAUGUCGAUAUCAAUUAUUCUUAUGUAGAGAUGAAACUAUAUACAAAACAAGGUAUCUUAAAGUACAAGACUGAUUGUGCUCCAAACAAUGGGUAUUUUCUCAUUCCAUUAUAUGACAAGGGUGAUUUUGUUUUAAAAGUUGAGCCACCUCAAGGAUGGAGCUUUGAUCCUGUGACUGUUGAUCUCCAUAUUGAUGGUAAAACAGAUCAAUGCACUAAAGGAGUGGAUAUCAACUUCAUGUUUACUGGAUUUACCAUGUUUGGAAAGGUUUUGAGUAAAGGACGUCCAAUUGGCCCGUCAGGUGUUCAAAUUACUCUAAAGCAUGAAGACACUGAACGUAAAUCAGAGACGAGAGAUGAAGGGUUUUUUACUUUCUCUCAAGUCCUUCCUGGAAAAUAUUUGCUUGCUGCAUCUCAUCCAACAUGGACGUUCAAAGCUUCUACGAUUGUGGUUGAUGUACUAAACAAUAAUGUGGAGGUUAUAGAUAAGAUAAUUGUAGUUGGUUAUGACGUCAAGGGACAUGUGUUGAGUGAUAGUCAGCCCAUAAAAGGAGUGGACUUUAUUCUGUUUUCUCCAGAACUAGGGCCUAAGGAUGUUAGCGGAUGUGAACCAAUUGAGAAGAGAAUUUUGGAUAAAAUUUCCACGAAAACAGAAGGGACGGCUUUGUGCAAGACAAAAUCCAAGAUAGAUGGAACUUUUGAGUUCCCUAGUGUUCCAAGUGGCUACUAUACUUUGGUGCCUUUUUAUGAAGGUGAAUUGAUAACAUUUGAUGUCAUACCGACCAAGCUGAAGUUUAAUGUUAAUUACAAAAGUGUUAUUUUAAAGACUCCAUUUGAAGUUCACGGGUUCUCUGUCAGUGGCAAAAUUGUGAAUCUGGAAACUGGAAAAGGGAUAGCCAAUGCCAAAGUUUCACUGGAUGGAGUUUUUAAGACACAAAGCAGUGAUGAUGGCGUUUACAUUUUGGAUAAUGUUACAUCUGGUCAUUACACCAUAUUGGCGGAAAAGCCAAACGUUUUCUUCCUGCCAGUUAAAGUUAACAUUAAUCCAAACACACCUCGUUUAUCGGAUAUUAAACCACACAGUUACCAUCUUUGUGGUCAGCUGAAAAUUUCCGAACUUCCUUCGGGAUGUUUACAGAUGUCAAAGAGGAAAGUUAUUUUAUCCUCAAGCGAGGGAAAGAAAACUGACGCAGUGUCGACAACUGUUGCUGAUAAUGGGAAAUUUUGUUUUCAAGUCCAACCUGGAACUUAUCGUGUUCAGCCAGUUGUCGUCACACAAGAGCAGACGGCUGGAUUACUGUUGAAACCAGAAGAAACAAUUGUCAAAAUCAUUAACGAACCGUAUUUGGAUGUAGCAUUUUCUCAAUUCAUGGCAAAUGUUGGUGGAUCUGUGGAGUGUCUGGAUGGUCCUUGUGGCAGUUUAAGUGUUUCACUUGUAUCUCAGCGACCCGGUGAUCAUCUAAAGAGAAUAGAAUCUGUGAUAAGAAGUGAAUCAAAAGGUGGCACGUUCAAGUUUAAUAAAGUUCUUCCUGGCAAUUAUAAAGCAUUUGUUCUUCAAGACAUGUGGUGCUGGAAACUAAAAACUCAAGAUGUUGUAGUUAAAGAUAGUGAUGUAACGGAUCUACAGUUCAUUCAAACUGGAUUUGUACUAAAAUGUUCGCUGACACACAACAUAAACCUGCAUUUUGCACUGGAGGGAAGCUCACAAGUUGUUGGAUCAUUUAAUUUAAGUAAAGGCGUAAAUAUAUUCUGUUUAAACGAACCAGGAGUUUACACUCUCACUCCAAAGUCGUGUCAUCGAUUUGAUCAAGACUCUUAUAAAUACAACACCUCCGAUCAGAGGUUUUUGACGCUUUCUGCGAAACAUCAUGUACUUUCGGUUGUAGUUCAUUCAAAACAGUCUGUAAACGAUAUAAAGUUAAAAAUCAGAAUACUGAAGUCAAAUACUGAAGAAAUAAUCCCCGCUGUCCUCAAAGUUGCGGAAAAUGAGUCUGUCGAAAGUGUUGAUCAAUAUGUAUAUGAAGCGUCGUAUUGGGCAAAGAAAGACGAACAACUUGAAGUCAUUCCUUUAUCAUCUGAUUUACUCUUUUAUCCAUCUUCGAUGACUGUCACCAUGAAAGACUCUUGUCCUGGAGAAAGUUUACAGUUUGAUGGUCAAGUGGGUGUUUUCAUUGAUGGUAAAAUAGAGCCUCCACUCCAAAACGUUAAAGUUGUAAUUCAAUCUGACUCCACCAAAAAAUCAAACAAUAUAUUCACUGUAUUUAGCAACGCUGAAGGCAAAUACAGAAUUGGACCUCUUCAUGGAAACUUGAAAUAUGAGCUCUUUGCGUCAAAAGAAGGAUACAUUAUAAAUCCCGUUGAAAAAGCGAAAGGACAUUUUAUUGCUGUGAAACUUGGGAGAAUAGAAAUAAAGGUGUCGGACGAAACAAGCAAUUUUUUACCUGGUGUUCUUGUGUCGUUAAGUGGCGGAAACUUUCGUCAAAACCGUUUUACUGUCGAGAAUGAUUCAUUGAUUUUCUCUAACUUGAUUCCAGGUGAAUAUUUUUUCAAGCCAAUGCUGAAAGAAUACGUUUUUUCUCCUUCUUCUCAGAUUGUACAAUUGGAAGAAGGAAAAACAGUUAAAGCAACGUCAGAAGGCAAAAGAAUUGCAUUCAGUUGUUAUGGCUCAGUUACCAGUCUAAAUGGACGAGCUGAAAAAGAGGUUGCCUUAGAGGCCGUUGGUCUGAAUAGUUGUGAAGGUAAUCAAGAAGAAACAGUCACCGAUUCUGAUGGGCAAUACAGACUACGAGGUUUACAGCCUAGUUGCGUCUAUCGUGUAAGGGUAAAGAAUGGCGAAAUGAAUUCUCAUAUUGAAAGAUCUACUCCACAGUACAUUGACGUUCAAGUGGUGAAGAACGAUUUAGAAAACGUUCGUUUAAUAGUAUUUCGCAAAAAAGGAUUGGUGGAUGUUACUGGAACUGUGAUCACCGACUCUCAAUUUCUUCCUUCAGUGAAACUUCUUCUUUAUCAAGAAAAGAAUUUGGAUUCGCCCAUCCACUCGACGACUCCUGGUUUAACAGGUUUUUCAAUUUCCACCUAUAGCAAGUGAUCAUCAGAACUAUCUAGUGAAGUUGGAGUCGAGUUUAUCGUCUCAUCAAUACAACAUGAAGUUUGAAGAAACAAGUUUCGUUGCCGCUGGCCACCGAGUUCAUGUUAAAUUAGAGUUCAGACCUCAGAAACAUUUCCUGGAUCAGGAAACUUCACAUACAUCCUUCAUGUUCUUCCCUAUUUUUCUUGCUGCCAUUAUUAUUGGUGUGAAUUUUUCCAAGAUUUCAGUUUUCGUACGAGAAACGCUUAGUCAGUUACAAAAUGAUUCGAUUACAUCUGAAAAUGGGGACGAAAUAAUCAGUAAACAUAAACGGAAGAGAAGAUGAAAUGGUGUUCAUUUUUGCAUCGUUACUUUGAUUAGCAAGAACAUGUACGUUUUUCCAUAAAGAAUAUGAUCCCAUUCAUUAAUCCAUGAUAAAGAAAAUGACGAUAUGAACAUUUAUUCGUGACGUUAUCUCUUAGCGUUUGUAGCUAACGACUGAUAAUUCAGAGAGACUUGCGUGGUGCAGUAAUUGGGAUAAUGAAAUCAUAACCAAUUAUACAAAAUAAAAUAUCGAUCAUCGCA